AUGAAAUGGCCUUACACCGAAGUAUGGAUAGGGUUGGCCAUAAUUUGCUUCGUCUGGUACAAUUAUGGCAUUGACAAGCUCGCUGCUGCUGCUGCUGUCGCACCCUUCCUUCCGCAAUUCACAUUCCGAAAGUCGCAGCAGCAGGAAGUCCGCUAUACUUCUCUUUCGCCAGUGGCGGUCACAGCCUCCACCCAGGACAAGAAAGUGACACUGCAGACCCUCAGGGGCAUGUAUAAGCGGGGCGACCCAAUUACAAUACUCACAGCAUAUGACUUUCCCAGUCGCCAUGUGGCCGACGCAGCGGGCAUGUAUAUGGUCUUGCUGGGUGAUAGUCUGGCCAUGGUUACACUGGGACUGAAGGACACAAGCCGGAGUCCGGUUGUCAGGCAUGUUAGCGGGUUUCGAGUCCAGGGGAAAUCAACGGCGGUGGUGCUGCAGGUCUUGAGGGACCUGCAGGCGGUUCAGGAGGCCGGAGCGUCUAUGAUUGUGGUUGGGGCCGUGUCUCCUGAAAUUGCAGCCAUCGUGACUAAGAAGCUGCGUGUGCUGAUGAUGAUUGGUAUUGGUGCUGGCAAUCGUUGUUCCAGACAAGUGCUGGAGAUUGAUAUGUUGAAUAAUUAUUCCCUAGGUCAAUUCCUGCCCAAGUCUGCUAAGUGA